AAACAAAACGAAAGAAGAAGAAGAAGCUAAAAACAAAAACCGGGAACAACAAAAUGUUAGUGUAUGCUGUAUGAAUGGAAUAAUACACUUUUGUUUUUUUGAGAGUUGUUUUGAAUGUUCGGGAUGUAUUACUCAAAGAACAACAGCAAUAAUAUGUUCGGGAGAUACUGAAAUUAAUGCCCCGUAAAGUUGCAAAAACAGAAAAGCCUGCCCUGCUAUUCCUGGAGCGGCCAGUGCGUGGCGCCAGACUCCAAAAUGUGCCUGCUGUUCGAGCUGCCAURAAUCCUAAAGAGUUUUUCACAGAGACACAAAUACACCACGGAUCAACUCUUAAUUCCUGGGUAAGCCCCCAGUUUGAGUCUCUGGCUUUAGCUGCACCUCCAGUCAGACGAGGGAGGAGAAAAUGCCAGUCCGCCACAAGUGUCCUUGACAGAUGCAGUCAGGCGUCCAGAAAAAACGGCGCCUGCAAGUUCCCCCCACUUUCAUUUCAAACUGGAACGAGAGACGAAUCUCACAAGUCGAGGAGUACGAGCGCAAAGAGUGAAGAGUGCACCGCGUUGCCUAAAGCUGGAAAUCAACCUUUGGGAUCACGCCAAAGCAAAAAGACGGUCUUAAGUGGCCAACGCUCGGAGGCCUCAAAGAGACAGUUGUUCACAAAAAGAAAUGCCGAAGUCAUUUCAGAGUGUGCCGCAUCUCUUGUCAAGUGUGUGSAUCGAUGUGGAGCACAAUCGCCAGAACUUGGAUGCCGAGUUCCAGCAGAAGGAGCUUCGACACCCGGCACCACUGAGGUCAACGGUGUCAGCCCACCGCCUGAUGUGGACACACCAGGUAUAAUGCAGGGAGCCAGUUAUCUCCCCUCUCCCGCUGCACAUUUUCUACUGGCCCAGCCAUGUACACCACCAUGUAACAGGCCUCAUAUUCUGGUGGAUGACACGCCGGAGAGAGAUUAUGGAUUGAAAGCGACAUGGAGGAGGAGAAAGGAUUUAAUGUUGAUGUUAAAGGACAGGGGACACCUUUCAGAGUCAGAUGCACAAAUUAAAAGCUGAUCUUUCUCUUUUUUUUAUUACCAAACAGUUUUUUUGUUUUUUUUGUUUCUGUACCGUCGCUGCUCUAAACCUCAUCAACUUACUUUGGACAUUACUGGUGUUUAUCAUGACAAUAAUUAAAACAUGAACAUGGAUUGUAUUUUAA